ACCACUGUGGGCAGCUGUCACAGUGCUGUCGAGAUUGUGAGGCGUGACGAGCACAUGGUGUGUGAGGGUGGAGAAAUAGCUCAGUAUGGAGUUGUCAACAAAGCGUCAGACAGGGGGCGUCUCGUAGUCAGUAACACCGGGCAAGCUCCCCUUUGUAGAAGUAGAACAGACAGAAAUGUUGAGAUUUACAUCCCUCAUUUCUUUAGAGCAUGUAGAAUGCUUGUGAGAAAUUCUUAACAGUGCAGUAUAGGACUACAGUGUAGACUCAUGGAUGGCACACUGGACCUAAUGAUGCUUAAUAACAGCUCUUUAUGACCAACGUACAUUUGAUUCACAUUGUGAAUAAGAAGGAGAAGAGUUAUGUUAUUGAACAUUUUACACACACAUAUAGGUCAGAAACACACGCACAAACAGGAUGCACUAAAGGAGGAUAUCAGGAUGAGGGCCAGCACACAAAAGGGCACCUUAGCAGUUGUUUUUUUUGGUACUUUGUUCAAAAAGACCUAGACAUUGCCAGGCAAGGGAAAUUUAAAUAGCAUCUCUCCAGCAUCCAGUCUCAAUUCUGCACUUGUUCCAUACCGGAAUGAAUCAGCAACCCACCUAUAAACUGAGGUACUGCUGCCCCAAGUUACUUAGCUUUAUCAACCCAUGAGCUCCCAACAGGUCCAGGAGAAAGAUUGUUUUGUAGAAAAAGGAGCUUCUUUUUGAGAAUUUCGACUAUGUUAGUAUGCUAUAAAUAUGGAUGAGCCACGUGGUCUGUGUGUUUCUUCUGCAACGAGAACCUAUGUAUGUUAUCCAUGCAUGUUUGUGUGAUUAAAAAAAAUGCCUCCCUUGAUAAUAUCCUGAAGUGAAUGGAAAUAUUGUCUCUAUUUGCUUUAUGUCUGUAGUCUUGUGUGGAUCCUCUGUGGGCAGGUCUCAGUUCCCACUCCAAAACAGGCCAUGGAAAGUCUGACGUUGGAUGCCAGGGUUCCUUAUAAGCACCUGUCGUUUCACGUCACACCAGGCCCCCAAUACGAAAAGCGUGUGAUUGUUUUCCGCAUGAGACAGUGUGCGUAGAUAGUAGACUGUGACUAUAUAGACUUCAUUGAGGUUCUUUUCCCCAUUUCACUACAAGCAAGCCGUGCUAGGAGACGUCACAGUGAAGCCAACAGGAUUUGAAGGGGUUUAUAGAUUUUCUAUAAAACAGAGAUGGCAGAUUUUGUCCAGAAAGUCAGCAGUUAUGCAGUACAACUGCUGGCACAUCUGAACCUCCAAAGAGAACGAGCUCAGCUUUGUGACUGCGUGGUCAUACAGAGACUGAACCCUGGCCGCGUCUUCCCUGCCCACAGAUGUGUCCUAUCAGCUUCUAGUCCAGUGUUGGCAUCAAUCUUGUCCUCAACUGGUGCUCUGGUUGAACUACAGGAUCCAUGUCUGUCUGACUCUGUACUGGCAAUGCUUUUGGAUUAUAUUUACACUGGAUCUUUGCAAUAUACUCAGAGCAAGGAACAAUAUUAUAAUCUGCUCACUGCUGCCACCUACCUGCAGAUGGAUGAACUGCAGGACACCCUGAUGGCUUUGCAGCAGACUAAGGUUGAUGCUGCAGAUAAAUCAGAUGGUUGCAGUGGAGCAGACUAUCAUCCUUAUAAGGACUUGAAGGAUGCUGAUAGUACCAAUGUGAACAGCUUUAGUAAGUAUCCGCCUUUGUCUCACACUUGUAGUGAAAACUCAAUGCACAGAAAGGAUCAUACAUGUGCAGCUGAUGUGGACACAUGCAAUGAAAUAUACCCACGCAGAAGUAGCAAAGAAAAUGGUACAAACUCUUGUAGCAGAAAGGAUAACAGCCCUUCAAGAAAUGUAAGCACCAUUUGUUGUUUAUCUGGAAACACUGGAAGUAGUGCAAAUUCAGGUAACUGCACACAAGUAAGGCACCUGACAUCUCAGGAUAUUGAAACUCAUGGGGUGUUUACAGAGGUGCUAAAGUCUCGCUCAGUUGGCAUUGCAUAUUCAGAGACUAGUCAGGAGAACACAAUGAAGAAGGUGGUGAGGACAGUUGUGGACAGGAGAGACUUGUUCUCAACUUGCACAGCAGAGCAGCAAGAGGAAGAAACUACAAGGGAAGAAAAUACUCAGCAAUCAUGUUUAGAAGUAAAAAGCAAUUUUAAAGGGGAGCAAAUGAAAAGAAUAGAAGAAGACAAAAAUCAGAUCGGCCCCUCUCCCCUUCCAUGUCUCUCAACCGCCACUCUUAAGGACAAUGUUUCUCCCUCACAGUGUGCCUCCUCUUUCUCAUCCUCUUACUCAUCACCACAUCCGUGCUGUGAGGCAGUUUCUGUCAUCUGUCACAGCAGCACAGCUUCUAUGCCCCAGCGGGCAGAAUUGUCUACAAUGCCUCCUUACCCUUCAAUACCCAAGGCUUCAGUCAACGCCUGCUCUCAGUCGGAAAGCACAGACAUUGACAACAUUGUUGAGGGAACUACCAUCAGCCGCAAAGAUUUUAAUGGGGCUCAAAACCAAGAUGUAUGUUGCAAAUCUAACUGCAGCAACACAGAUCAUUUUACAAGACAGAAUAGUGAACAAAGUGGCAAUGCAUUCCCCCACAUUGUUAACCCGAUUGACAACAAUGCUUAUUGUGAUUCAUUUCAGAAUCAAUUAAAAGAUCUUAGAGGCAAUUUAGUACCACAGAAAAGGCUUUGCAGGAGUCCAAUCAGAGAGUUAGAAUAUAGGCCUGAUCUCAGUUUUGAAGAUUUCCCCCUCAAACAUAAGCGUCUUGAUUGUUCCGAUAGCCAUGAUAUCCCAAUGGCAACAACAGCAAAGGGGCAGUCCAUUCACUCACAUCACCAGCAAGAUAAGGUUCCCCACUAUUUGCUGGAAACUGACGCAGGAUGUGAUUGUCAAUGUGAACACCUCAGUCCUGAGGGAGAAGUGCAAGAGAAACAUACAUGUUCAAAACGGUUUCCACAGGACAGCAACAGUAACCUCUGUGGACCUAAGACUGAUUGGUACCAAGCCUUGCAGAGAGCUGAGACAAGCCCAAAAGAUGACUGUGACAAUAGAAACAUGACAGACCAAAUGAACUAUGUUGUUUGCCCGUCUGUCCCCACCACACCAGAAUUAAGUUUGGGUAACAUCUCUGUGAGUCUUUCUGCCUUUGAGAGUUCCACAUCUCUGGAACUUGAAAGUAUGUCAAGCCAAAUUCCUGUGGACAACAGCACUUCUGAACCAACAUCAAGUGUUGUGGGGCAGUCAUACCGUGCACAUCUUCAUUAUCACUGCCUACCUCAAGAAGACACUCAAAUAUCACACAGCGACUCUGAUAGUUUAUACUCCAGCCCUCGCCCAUCUGACCAGUCCAGAGAUGAUGAGGAAGUUGGUACAUUUGCCAAUCCUGAUUACGAGACUCUGAGGCAGCACUUUGCCAGUGGGAUGACAGAGAGGGUUCUACUGCUGGAUAUUAGCACCAAACCUGCUGAAUUGCUAGUGUCCUACAAACACAGAUCUGUGGUAGGGGAGAACUGGGUUGCAUGUGACCAGAAAGACACAUUUGCAAGUGUGUUUGAGAAUAAUUAUAGAGAGCAAUGGGAUGAAGUGCCACCUGUACAGGUGGUUGAUGAGAGAAAGACUACAACUAGGACAAAUCUUGGGGAUGAGAGUUUUGACAGGGCUGAGACUAAAUCUUGGGUUGGAGAUGUAAAUGCUGCAAAAAGACAAUCUGUUGGACAAGACCGAAGCAGUCUCGGAGCUGAGGUUCUACAUGAGGAAAGGACUGUAGAGGUUAGGAGCCAUGCCUUAAACUUGACAGUCUGUACACCACCCACUGAUCCAGUAUUUGUUCAAGGCUCCAUGGCCUCUACCUUGUCUGACUCCAUACCUGCAACUGUUUCAGGCAUCAUGCCAACAAAUAAAUCGUCUCCUCUGUCGACUCCUGUUCGCCACCUUUUCCAGUGCUAUCUCUGCGACCGUUCCUUCAGCCAGAGAGGCUCUCUCAAUAGACAUGUACGAAGCCACCUUGGUGUUCGACCCUUCCCUUGCCCCAGCUGCCCUAUGACCUUUUCACGACAGUACCGUGUCACAGAACACAUGCGAGUUCACCAGCGCUGUGCCCUUGGGACUGACUUUCAAAAGCCCCCUGCUUCUCUAACAUGAGACACUGAAGAGAGGGCACAAAACCAAAAUUUAUUGUCCUGUUUUUGAUGGACAGUUUUUGGGAAAGAAAUAUUGAAGGACAUUUCUCCCAUAUUUUUGCAAGGAAGACAACGAGGGCAUUUUGGGAUAAAGUCUGAGAAAUGUUUCUACAUUGAAGGGUGUCUUGGUCUUCCGGAUGCCAACAAUGUGAGAUAACCUGAUAACACUGCAGUGCCAUGGAAAUCAGCCCCUCCAAAUAUGAAGAAAGGGGCUUACAGAAAAAAGUACAUUAGUGAUUUAAAUCAUUUAUAAGCACAUUUUUGGUGUUAAUCAUGGAACACAGGACUACCUUUAUUUGAAAGUGUUAGUUUAUAGUGACUGAACUUUAAGUGAUGAUACCCGACUUCCCUUAGUACUUUCAAUCCAUUUUGAACAUUUUAACAAGAGUCUUGUGAAAGAAAAUGCAAAUCACAAAUGUGUUAACAGACACAUGCAAUGAAAUGCUUCAAAAUCGUCACAUCUAUUCCCUGUUCAAACUUUUUUAUGGGAGGUCAAACCAACUUUUUUGUGUUGUAAAAUAUCUGAUACAAACUCAAAAUACACAGUGAAUAACAAAAUA